AUUUACAUUUACAUUAUUUUGGUUUCCAAGCUCGUAAUUUUUCCUUGCUGCGUUUUCGGUUGUUAGCUAUUGUUUAUAUUUAUUGUUGUUGUUUCAGCGUAUUUAUUUUUGUUGCUGUUGCUGUUGUUGUAAUUUUAAAGGUCUUUCCCUCGUUUUGAAGGUGAAGUUUUUCGCGUAUGUCAAGCAUAAGCCCAUUUAUGUGCCCCUACAAGUUUAAGUGUGUAUGUGCUUUUGUAUGUAUAUACGUAUGUGUGUGUGUAUACAGUGGCGGCAGAAAUUUCAAGUGAAUUUUUAUGCAUUCGACUACACAUGUUUAGCUUUUUGAAACAUGGCCAUGUUGGCGCGCGCAAACUGAGCUACCUUCACACAUACAUAAAAUACACAUACAUACACACACAUACAUGUGCAUGUAUGCAAAGCAGAUUCUUAUAAAUUCGGCAUGAGCCGGAGCGAACGUUGAGUUCAGACAAGUGUCUACAUAAUUUAUGCGUGUGUCUCGCGCACGCAGUUGGCAAGAGCCAAUAAAACCUGUACGCAAAGUAAACACACACACACACACUCACAUGCAUACGCCGAAGCACAAAUGUAUACAAAACACUUUCGUGCAACAGCAACAAAAAAAGCGAAAUGAAAAUGUAUUCAAAUGGCAACAGCACUGUCAGCUCAUUCACUCAUUCAGUCAUUCAGCCAGGCGCUGUGCGCUCACCUCUGCGAGUGUUUGUGUGCGGCUGCUCGCCUCGCUUGGGCCCGCACGGCGUUGGCUGCCACAUUGGGCGCACUCGAUUGAAUGGACGACGCAGUCUUCUGCCACUUAUAUUUGUUGCCGUUGACUUGAGCUAAUUUGACUUGCUGUGACAGGCACGCAUGCAUCGGCAAACAACGACUAAAAGAGGGCCAAGGGCUCGGCAGGUACGGGGUACGGGGCGGCGUUGAUGUACGGCAUGAAAGCGUGUGCCCACAAAGCGACAAAGCUUGCCGCAUAACUUGCCACAGAGCAUGGCUGGCUUGCAGUGGCAGCUGCUGUCAGUGUGGCAUGAAGGAAGCAAAAGCAAACGGCUUGAGCGGAAAAUUUCUGAAUUUAUGAAUUUCUGACUUUCAGCCCUUUCUAGCCUUAUGCCGAGCGGCUUAUGACGGCACAGUCGUCGUCGUCAUCGUCGUUGUGUAGUCGUGCUGCCAUGCAAACGGCAAGCCGGAAGGAAACGUAAUUAAAAGUAAUUAGGAAACAUUAAUGUAUAUAAAUUUGUAUAAUUUUAUUUUUUCGGAAAAAAGAUGCGAGCGACGGAAGCAACAGAAAUGAAAAUAAAAUUUCCAACACACACACAUACUCACAGAUAAAAUAAAUAAAAAUAUGCAAGCUUAUACAGUUUUAAGUAAUGCUCAUACCUAUGUUAUAUAUAAUAUAUAUUAAAUAUAUACACACAUACAUGUUGUUUGGUAAAUGGCAUGUAAGCACUUACUUGCCUCAGCAAACGGUCGCGCGGCGGCGAGUUGAGUAGCGUUGACUGGCUGAGAGCGUGUAAACACAGUUGAGCUGCAAGUAGUGAAGUAAAACGGAAUGAAAUGAAGUGUUACAAGAUUGAGAUUGGUAAAUUUUAAUGAAAAAUCAUAACGGCGCAUGUAACGGAAUGCCGAUAAUAACGCAGUUUAUAGUUGGCUUAUCGUUUCGAUACUUUCGCAAUAUAACGCCGAAGUGUUGGUGGCAAGUGUAAAGAACAAUCGAAGACAAAAGAUAAGAAGAGGAAGCAGCAGCAUAAGUAGAGUACUUAAAAGAAAAAACAUUGCAGUGCUUUGUGCUCAAAUAAAAAUAACAAAAACACAGUGAAAAAUAAGUGGUAGUCGAGCAAGGCUGAGAAGGUGGGAAUAGCCACCAAAGUGGAGACAUCAAGUGUGGUCUCAUCGGUGCUAAAUUAAAUUUAUACCAUCGAGCGCACGAAACAGACGUUAUCCGGCCGCCCACUGCGGUUAACACAAAAGGAUGCGAGAAUAAAAUAAAAAUAAAAAAUAAGUAAAAUAAAAUAGGAAAAAUAAAAAUAACAAAAACGAAUAAAAUAGGCAAAACAAGACGACGCAGCAGAACGUAGAAGACAAAACGAAUGGGCUGCAAGUCCAUGUGGGAGCCGACGUGGCAGUCAAAUGUAAAUGGAACACUCAUUGCCGCUGAGCCGAGCGCAGCGCAGCGCAGACAACAAUUCACAGUGCUAUCGGUGUGGUAGUCGGUCUUUAACGGCCUGUAACCGACGACGACGAUAGCAUUGGACGGUAGGCGUGGGAGCGACCAACCGCCGACGAAGCAAAUGUAUAAUAAAUUGCAUGAAAAACUCAAUCAUUACGCCAGCAGCAGGGAGCUAAUUUAGUUACACACAUCACCAGCUAACAGCCAGCCCACAGCCUUGGCAAGCAGCAGGACCAACCUAUCAACCGGUCAACUGCUGGUUGGUGAUUUUGGGAGCUCAGAUUGAAUGACUUGUUCACACUGUGGUGUCGCAGCAGCAGAGGCAGAGACAGCGACAGCAACAACACUGUGAAUUAAUUUCAUUCACAGUUCUCAUCAACAACAACAGCAACAACAAAUCCAUCUUCAACAAGAACAAAAACAGCAACAACACAUACUAUUAUUAUUGGCAACGCUGUUUCAUUUGCAUUUGCUUGCAGCCACCAACAGCUUGAGGAAUAACCAAAGACACAACGCAGUUGGGGUCUGGUGCAAAGGAAUGAUCGUAUUAGUCGCCGUGGCAGGCAAAGUGACGGUACCAGUAAGACAGCUUAUGCCAUAGUCGCCUUGGUGUCACUUUAAGUUGCCGUCAGUGAAAUAGCAACAAAUCACUGUCAAAGGGCUCAUUGUCAGUAGUGUGUGUGCAUUAGAGUCGGUCGAACUUUGCAGACUCUAUAGUUUAGUUUCGGAGUAGUGGCGCGUAGGCUAGCGUCCGCUUGACGUUCGGUCGCUUGUGACAUUUUGUGACAGUAAACAUCUGGCUGUUUGUUGUCCUUCGUCGCUUGUCGUUCGUCGUUCGCUGUGCGCCGUGCCAACGUCAUUCGUCGUUCGAAGUUCGAAGUGUACCCAAAGGCGUUUGUUCGGGCGGCUGUGGCGUUGGGUGGGUGAUGCCAACCCAUUGAGAGCAAAUGAUGAAGCACAAGGGUUCCAGUUAUUGCUGUCGCUGGUUCACACUUUUCUUGCUCGCCAUGGGCAUUGUUCUUGUAUCGCCAGAUAUACACACGAAUUUUGCUGACAACAAUAAACAAACGACAACCAAAGGAACAACCAAAGGAACAACAGCAACCACAACAACAACAAUAAUGUCAACAACAACAACAACAACAAUGCAAGCAAAUACAAUGCGUACAAUGAAAAUGCUAGAAGCAAUGGGUUUCAUUGACGGCAACAGGUACAAUGUCAACGAUAAGAACGACAACAACAACAACAAUAACAAUAAUCUUAACAACUACCAUUCAAAUAUGUUGAUUGCCAACAGCAACAGGAACAGUAAAAACAGCAACAAAAUGUACAUUAGUGCACCGAGCAAGCAAGAGCUGUGGCGUCAGCAAUUGCAGCAGUUAGCGGAUCGAGCGUCGCCGGCGGAGAAGGUGGAGCAGGAGCCGGAGCUGGAACAAGAACUAGAGGAACAUAUGGUUUCAACGCCUCAAUCGAUGACAAUAAUGGUCGAAAAACCCACAACAAGCCCAGCAGCAGCAGCAGCAACCACAACAACAAUAAAACCAAAAACAACAACAAUAAUCAAUCCAAAAACAAUAGCAACAAAAACGCUAAGCGUCAGCACGGCAACAAAGCUAGCCGCAAGUAAACCGACGACGACCACAAUUACAAUAGCAACAAGCGCAAUCACAACGCGACACAGUGGCAGCACAAUAAAGUUGCCGCCUGACAACAUGGCCAAUAUAAAUGUCAGCGGCAUAAAUGCGAGAGGCACAGUGAUAAAUAAGCAACAGCUUCAAAGGCAAAACGAACAGCAACAACUACAACAACCACAGAAGCAGCAGCAACAUUGGCAGCAUGAAAGACGUCAACAACAACAACAGCAACCGCAACACGCACAGACCCUGGUUGUUGUUGCUGGCAAUAGAAGAGCAGAGCAACCGCAAAAGUACAUCGGCCAUACUUUGUCAGGCGACAGCGGCAGCACGCAGGCAUCCGCAGCAAUGAUUGUGGCAACGCCUGUGAGGCGUGGCGGCGAGUUGGCGAAUGUGACAGCUACAGCACAAACGCAAAUAGCAAUCAACGGUAAGAGCAAGAGCAGCAACAGCAACAACAAUAACCGCAAUAGCGACAUUGUUGAUGGCAUUACAACGCCAAUAACUGCAACAACAACAACAAGAAUAACAAUAGUAGACACAUUCAUAAUAACGCCAACACCACCACCAACAACAACAACAAAAACGCUAACAACACAAAGCAAGCAAUUUGAGUCAGCGCGCAUUUUAUACGAUUACAAAGCAACCGACGCCACCGACGACUUGAAGCGCACGACGGAAACGGAUGCGCAAAUGAUUGUGGCAGGGCAUGAGGAAAUGGAAGUGGUUCGUCAAUAUCAACACAAAUUUUCCAGCUCAUACUUAGACGCCGCCGGCAACAAGGACCACGCUGCUGUGGCGCACUACGGCAACACACACAGCUUUGCGGCGCUCGUACAAAUGUCGGCGAAGCAGCAACAACAGCAGCAAAGGCAGCAGCAGCAGCGCAAUCGCUGGGUGCGUCAGGCGGAGGAGGAGCCGAUAGACAAAUGCCGCAAGUUUAAUGAGGGUGAUGCGGCAAAAAAUGAAUUCUACAGUCCCGAUUAUCCGAACGAUUACCCAAAGAACAUCAGCUGUACACGCGUGAUUAUAGCGCCGCCAGGACAGAUAAUCCGUUUAGAUUUUCGUAAUUCAUUCCACAUUGAAGCGAAAGAGGAAUGCAAAUUUGAUGUUCUCGAGAUACGUGAUGGCCAGUAUGGCUUCUCGAACUUGCUUGGUAAAUUUUGUGGCACGGAUUUUCCACCGGAAAUCACAUCGAAGGAACGUUACCUCUGGCUACACUUUCAAUCGGAUGAGAGUAUCGAGUAUUCGGGUUUUACAGCCGUUUACGAAUUUAUGGAUCGCAGUAAAGAAGCUCCCACCACCGAUCUGAACUGCACAAUAGAAAAGUCGGGUUUCGAGGAUUUCGUCAACUCCACCGAUGUGCCCGAAGACAUUCGUGAUACUGUGAUUAAAAAUCGAGUGCCGUUAGAUUGCAUUUGGCGCAUACAGGUGCAGGAGAACUGGAAGAUACAAAUGAAAUUCGUGGAUUUCCGUUUAGUCAAACCGAAUGACUGUGAAGCGAAUUUCUUGGACAUAUUUCCCGAACAAACCAUCAUGCCUCUUAGAAAAAAGAACUUUUGCGGAUCUGCUGGUGAAGGCAUCACAUCCGAUUCGAACACGCUGAAUAUUCGUUUCUUUGCCGAGCCAGCGGCCAUCAAUUCAACAUUCUCCAUUUUAUUUACGGCUUUUCGAGAUAAAGGAUCUGGAAGUUGCACUGAUGAAGAAUACGAUUGUGAGGAUGCCACAUGCAUUGACCGCAAGCUCAGAUGCAAUUCACGUGACAACUGCAAAUUUCGUUGGGACGAGGAGGGUUGCAAUAAAGAGACCUCGGAAGUAUCUGAGCACAUUUACAUUAUCAUGGUUGUAUUCGGUCUAAUCUUGGGUGGCAUGAUUUUGACAUUCCUAGUGAAUUGCAUACGCAAGAUAAUGCAUGAUCAGAAAAUCAUACGGGAACACAUACGUCAGUCGAAGGAGAGCAAGCUGAACGAGUUGGGCCGCAAUUCGAAGGCGCGCUCAAGGGAAAAUUUAUCGAGCACAAUGCCGAGACCCAAGCAUUCGCAGACAUCGCUGCAAAUACUUAACGACGCAUCGAAUCGCUAUUAUCGCGAGGUGGUGCCCAUGUCGCGCGCCAGCAGCAAAAGCGAUCUCAAGGAGCGUGAACACAGCAUUCUGCGGCAACGCAACGACAUCGUGGUACAGACGAGCUUCUGCGUGGACGACAACAGCUCCGAGGCGACGGUGGAGGCAGCGUUAGCGGCAAAUGCCUGCGAUAUGGGCUGUCAAACGCGCGAAUCGCUCUUCGCCACACCGCUGAUGCACCAGAACUCGAUGGGCUCGCUAAAGGACAAGGCCAGUCUACAUUCGCGUUCACGUUUCUCCACAUUCGGCUACGAGGCCGCACAGCCGACGCCACCACCACCAUCACAGCAGCCAGCUAGCGCCCAUGUCGGCCAACUAACGGGACUAAAUAUACGCGACGCGCGGGAAUACAUUGAGAUGCGCGAACGACAUCCCGGCCCUAAGCCCAAAAUGCCGCAUAUGCACCGCAUGGAUGCACUGCCGCCCACACCGCCCACGCCAGCUGCACCGCCCGAGAUGUGCCACCAUCAUCAUCAACAUGCCGCGCACACGCAUGUACACACGCAACAACAACAGCAGCCACAGCAAUCACGCCAGCAAUCAGCGCAGCAACAGCAACAGUUGUCGAUGCAGUCAUCCAAGGAGAGUGCGGGCGGCGGUGGCGGCAGGUCAACCGCAGCAGCAACAACAACAGUAACCACGGCGACAUCAGCUCAGGGAAAAGGCAAGCCAAAGCUAAGUCAAUCGACAGCUUACAUAGACAUUAGGAAUUCAGCGCCGGAUGUCAUCAUAAUGACAUCACAUUGACAUUUAAGUAACUCAGCGAAAAUCACGCCAUAUCCACAUGGGAGCGCACAACAGCAACAACAACACCAGCAACAAAAACGCAUUAGCACACUCGAGCGACUAUGGGAAUGUGCUGGCAGCAGCAAAACGGCCAAUGUCGGUGCUACGGAGCGCGAAUUUGAGUGAAAAACGCACACGAAUGAGGAAGUCAUUUGGUUCGGUAAAGCUUUUAAGCGCACGGAUGUGCCAACAUAUACCCGCACACACACACACACGUGCUCAAUGUCAGUUGCUCGAAGUCACACAGCUUUCCUUAUUAAAUGCUUGAUUUGCGAAAGGUUAUUCGGCGCAAUUAUAUUGAGGUUAUGUUGGCGCAGGAAAUCGAUGAAUUUCAUUUUGCAACGCUUUAAUAUCAUCAAACAUGUAUUAUUAACCGAAAAUAUGUAUAUGAAAGUUCUAUUUCUAAUGUAACACUGUCCUUUAAGCCUAGUUUCAAGGCAAGUUUUAAUUCAAUUAAUCGAGAUUAAUCGAUUCAUGCUUUAAUGACUUGGCGGAUUACCGUGUUUUACAAUAUCUAGUUGGUAUUUAAAAAUGUAAUUAAGUUUUAUCAUAAAAUUUUAAUACCAAAUUUAUUACUAUUUUAUAAAUUUUAGUGACAGUAGAAAAUAUUAUAUCAUAAUUAACAAUUUUAGAAAAAUCUAAAUAACAUGAUUUUUAACACCUAUAAGUUACUGCAUUGCGGAUCCGAUUCAAAAUAACAGUGAAUAUCUACGUGAAAGCUUUUUAAAUUUUCCGCUGAACUUCGUCUCUCAAUCGUGAAUUUUCUCUAAAUCUUAUGCGUAAUAUUUUCCUACUUUUAUGAAAUACUCCACUUUUAGUUAUGAGCAAAAAAUAGUAAGACUUUGUUCGUAAUUCUAAAAUUCUUAAUUUAUUCUUCAAAAUCCAUGUUGUCCUCCUAGUAAUACCCAUCGACUUCAAUACAUUUGUGCUAACAAAACUAACAACAACAUCCAAUCCUCGAAACAGUUGUUAAAGUUAAUUUCCGGAAUAGCCUUCGAUUGACUCAAAACAGUUUCCACGGAGUGGUCGUUUGAAUUUGAGGAAUAGCCUGAAGACUCACGGAGCUGAAUCAGAAGAAUACGAUGGUUGCGGCACGAUAUUGGUUGAAAAUUUGGUGAUAAUCGAAGAAAACUGUCAACAUAAUCUUGAUUUUUGACCUGCUUUGACGUGGUUUUAUCGGCUUCGACUCACUUUUGCCCCAAUAUUCGGCAGAUUUAAAUUAUAAAAUCUUAUUAUUUUUUAACCACAGUAUAAGUUGAAAUGUUCAUGCGGUCAGGAAACGAUUUCGAAACCCUGAAAAUAGUAUAUAAAAGUUACGACAUUUAAACUUUUUUCUCAAAAGUCUCUAAAGUAAAAUAGGCAAAUUUGCAUCUCAAUCAAUCAUACUAAUCAAAAGUAUUGAGAGCUACUGACAAAGCUCAACACACUUAAAAUUUGUUUGUUGCAAAUCAUAGCUCUUAAAUCACUUGCCGAAAUGGGGUAUUCAGCAAAGAUACACAUUAGGAUGUGACCAUCGAAUAAAACUCGAGAAAAGGGAUCAAUGUUUAAUCAAAAUGGAAGUUGGAGGGGAGAGCUGUAAUUAAAUUGAAGGAUAAUAUCCACUAGUUAAUUAGAAAAAUCGUUUUUCUUUUGUGGAAAGAUAUCGAACAUACAUAUAUUUGCGAAUAUUUUUCUAUUAUUGAAGUCGUCGUUUCAUCGAAAACCAAAAUUUUGACUAGUUCUCACCUGCAUAUAUCUAUAGUAAUAAUGUUUGUUUCUUGAUUUUUUGAUUUGACAUAAUUUUAAGCAAAAAAUCUUCCACAGCUGCAAUUUCCUCUGCACAUUUUUUCGGAGGUUCUCCUCGAAAUCGGCUACUGUAUCAAGGAAAUCAUAAUUUGUUCUAAAUGAAUAACCGAUCAUUAAAGCACAUCAAAUUCUGUAAACGCGGAUUUUUUGUUUAUAUAUAAAAUUAAAAUAACGCGGUUUCCUGACUUGCUAGUAGCAUUUCUCCUACAUAUUAUUAUAUCUUGAGCGUUCGCUGCAAACCCGAGAAGACUUAAGGAAUUAAGUAGUUUUAGAAAACGAUGUUAGGACGAUUGUUGGAGGGAACGUGAUCAGAAAAAUUGUCAACGCUUUGACGAAGAAAUAUUCUUAAAAAUUUCUCAUAUCUAUAUUUUUUUCAUAAAUAUUUUAGUAGAAUGUCUUUAUAAUGUUUUUCGUUCUGCAGUAACAUAUUACAUGGUUUUAAAGAGUGGGGGAGGGAGAGCUUCAGGAGCGGAGUCUAAAUCUCAAUUAAAUUACUCUAGGUUAUAUACAUAAAUAAUGACAAUGAACUUAAAUACUUCCUAGUGAGAUAUUAUUUGGAAAGUUGGGAGAAGAAAAAUAAGAAAAUUCCUACAACAUACAUAUAUGUUCUCUUCAAAAAAGUACAAUGAAAGUAUAAGUAGUCCUUGGAGCAAAAAACGAUAAUUAUUUAUAUUAGACCAAAGCUAUAACCUUUAACUUAGCAAAUUAAUUAGUACCCUCACGAGACCUGACCGUGUCGAAAAGUUAGGUUAAUUGUUAAUAAGAAGUUCAGCAAUCUUUCUUUGAACCAUAUUUGUACUAGUUCAUGUUACAUAAAGAAAACGUUUUAUUAAUUCAACAAAACUUAUAAAAAAUUUUAUAUGAAACGCCAAAUAGCGUGGAGCUCCAAUAAAUCAUUUAUACUUGUAGUUUGCAGGUAACGCCCCAGUUCCUUUGCUAUUUAAUAGAACCUGUCUUCGAUUCGCGAAGCGUUGGAGAGUAGUGAAUCGAACAAGUUGACCAAAACGUUUCAGUAAGCUCUAAGUUUAGAAUCUUGCGUUGAAAAUCAAUAAAACAAAAGUACCAAAAUUUAGAGUGAAUAUUUUCGUAUAUUUUCUUGCAACUCGUUAACUUUGUUAUUGCUUUUGGAUGUAAAGUUGCAAGCAGAAAAAUGACGAAUCAAAGUAAAUGCAAACUAUACCUAAAUUGAGCUAUUACCCUAAUCUUCCAACCAUGGAUUGCAUUAUCUCUACACCUUUUACGAAAACUAAAGUUUCUCUCGCUAUAACUAUAUAUAUUUAACUUCCUUAUCUUCUAUUCUUCUUAUCUUAUCUUAUCUUCUUCUUCCAUAAAUAAUUUAAAAUUAUUUGAAAAAUGUUUAAAUAUCAGCGCCAACAGCCAGAAAUGGGUCAUAGACAUAGGAAUGAGCACUUUUUUGACCUACUAAAUUUUUACUAACUCAACUAUUUAAUUUUUCUUAGAUCGAACAUAUGUAAUAGGGUGGGUCAGAAAAAGUUUUAAGAAAUUUUCGUUUUAAUUAGACAAUGAUUUCUUCAAAUGCAUUGAACAUUGAAAAAAAAAUAAGAAAAGAUUCCUGUGUUAUUUAUGUGCUUAGCUAGGACAUCGUAAACUACAGUCCGCCACUCGUUAACAUUAAUCUUAAGAGCUGAAACUUAACAGAAUUUUUUUCGUCACUCGUACGAUAUUUUCAGGGGAUUAAGGAAAAACACAAAAAGUUUUUUUUGGCCCGCUCUGAUAUGUAUAUAUAUUUUAUUAUAUUUUAGAAAUCAAUAUUGUGUACUCAUUCGGUAAUUUAAUCAUGCAAAAUUACAAACACAUAUAACAUAGUAAUUGUAAGGCCAUAACAUAGCAACUAAUAUGAUAUUCGUAAAAAGUUUACUAAUAGCGAAUUUUCGAAGUGGUUUUUUAAAUAAAAAACAACUUUCUACGAAAUAAAAAUAAAAGUUAGUGAAAUAUAAUACAUAAAUAAAAUAACUAUAAACCAUAAUUUAUAACUUUAAGUAAUCAAACUUUCACUAGCUAACACAGAAUUUCGCUAGGAAACUCGCAUACAUAGAAGCAUCAUGAAAAAAUAAGCAUAAUAAUUAUUAAUAUCAUUUUAUACUAACAAAUAUAACAACAAAACUCUAAACAACGUUACAAUAAUUAAUGCAGAAUAAUGCAGCGGAAAAUUUAGAAAUUUUCAAACUUUUUUAAUACCGCAGCUAUCACGUGACACAUGUAUUACUUUGGCAUAUUUAUUUAGAGUUCAGUUGUUCACUUGUUUUUGUUGGCUCAGCAUUUAUAAAAUGAUAUGAAAAUAUUAAAUUGUAAUUCAUAACAUUUACACAAGCAAAUAUGUGUUUGUGUGUGUGUAAAUAAAUGUUAUGUCAUAUGUUAUGUAAAUAUGUGUACAUGAAAAUAGUGAAAAUGCAUAAAUCGCAAAACUUGUAAAUUUCUCUUAGCGAAUUAUUGAGUUGAACUCCCCUAGAAUAACUGUUAAUAGCUACACGAUUUCAAAUAGAAAAUAAUAAUUAUGAUUCUAAAUAAUUGAAAUUAAUGUAUGUGGUGUGUAAUUAAAAGAUUUGCACAAUGCUACACAUAAGAAUAAACAAAUAAACAAACAUAUACACAUUUGUAAUAACAGCAGUAACUUAGCCUAAUACAUAUGUAUGACAUGUAUGUAUAUAUGCAUGUGCAUGCAAUAUGCAUAUACCGUAAUAAAAACUGUGUAAAAUUAGCGUUUGUUAAAGUGCGAUUCUAUUUUGAAUAAAAAACUAUGAAAC